UUCUGUCCUCUUCCCUCUCCUCUCUCCCUUCCCUCUUUCCAUUGUUGUGUUUUCAUAUUUUCCCCUUCAGUCUGAAGUAUUUUCGGGAUGGCGUUCGAGCAAGCCCGGUUCUAUAUUUAUAAUAACACUCUUAAAUUUCCUCUUCGGGAGGGUAUCAUUUUCGACCGACUAUUAGGAAGUUUGCUUCCUUCCCUUCUUGGAUCCCGGGCUCCGUUUCAAAUAAGAAACCCCAAGUUGGAUUUUUCCGGCCUCUUUGGAUUUCAAGAAUCGGAGCGUUGCGUAUUUUACGUAAAGCUAUCUCUGGCUCCUGGAUUGAUUGCUUUUGCCUUCUUCCAGCCGCGGCUUCAAUCGAUGUGCGGGGGCUCCAUGCAGCAGCCUGUUCGACGGAGCGGUCCUCGGGCCAGACUGCUAAUACCGCCGCCGCCGCCACCACAACCGCCGCCCGCCCUGCCGCCGCCGCCGCCCUCCCCACUUCACCUGCCAGCCCAGUCGGCCCUUGACGCCGUGGGGGGUCCCGCAGCCGUUCUGAGCGGAGAUCGAUCGCGGACGAAGGACGGGCUCAUACCUGGAAGGCAACCCUUGUUCACAAUGUAUAGACCAAAAGUAAGCCUUAAAGACCGGCAACAACUUUACAGGCUUAUUAUUAGUCAGCUCUUAUAUGAUGGAUAUAUCAAUAUUGCUAAUGGUCUGAUAAAUGAAGUAAAGCCACAGUCUGUCUGUGCACCCUCUGAACAACUGUUGCAUCUUAUUAAACUAGGAAUGGAAAAUGACGAUAGUGCAGUUCAGUAUGCAAUUGGACGCUCUGACACAGUAGCUCCUGGAACAGGAAUUGACUUGGAGUUUGAUGCAGAUGUACAGACUAUGUCCCCAGAAGCGUCUGAAUAUGAGACAUGUUAUGUCACAUCUCACAAAGGACCAUGUCGUGUAGCCACAUACAGCAGAGACGGACAGUUAAUUGCUACGGGAUCAGCUGAUGCAUCAAUAAAAAUACUUGAUACCGAAAGAAUGUUAGCAAAAAGUGCUAUGCCCAUUGAGGUUAUGAUGAAUGAAACAGCUCAGCAGAACAUGGAAAACCAUCCAGUUAUUAGGACCCUUUACGAUCAUGUAGACGAGGUCACCUGUUUAGCCUUUCAUCCAAAUGAACAAAUCCUUGCAUCUGGAUCAAGAGACUAUACUCUUAAAUUGUUUGACUACUCAAAACCAUCUGCCAAGAGAGCUUUCAAAUAUAUUCAGGAAGCAGAAAUGCUACGCUCUAUAUCCUUCCAUCCUUCUGGGGAUUUCAUACUUGUUGGGACACAGCAUCCUACCCUGCGGCUCUAUGAUGUGAAUACCUUCCAGUGCUUUGUAUCUUGCAAUCCUCAAGAUCAACAUACAGAUGCUAUAUGCUCAGUUAAUUACAAUGCAAGUGCUAACAUGUAUGUAACAGGCAGCAAAGAUGGAUGCAUCAAAUUGUGGGAUGGAGUUUCAAAUCGCUGUAUCACCACUUUUGAGAAGGCACAUGAUGGUGCUGAAGUCUGUUCCGCCAUUUUCUCUAAGAACUCCAAGUACAUACUUUCAAGUGGAAAGGAUUCUGUGGCUAAACUAUGGGAGAUAUCAACAGGAAGGACACUAGUCAAAUAUACAGGAGCUGGCCUGAGUGGACGGCAGGUUCAUAGGACACAGGCUGUUUUUAAUCACACGGAAGACUAUGUGCUCCUUCCCGAUGAAAGGACCAUUAGCCUUUGCUGCUGGGAUUCACGAACGGCGGAGCGAAGAAAUCUUCUUUCCUUGGGGCAUAAUAGCAUCGUUCGCUGCAUUGUCCAUUCGCCUACAAAUCCUGGGUUCAUGACUUGCAGUGAUGACUAUCGAGCUCGGUUUUGGUACCGAAGAUCAACCACAGAUUAAAACAGCAGCUCCUAAAUGCUCACUCAGAUUUUAUUCGAUUUUCUUUUACAGAUCAGUCUGUUUUUAUUAUGAUUUAUUUCAGAAGUUUGAAAAUGAAUCAUCUGUAAGAAACAAGCCCUACCUUAAGGGUAUUUUUAAAAGUUGUGAUCUUAUUUUUUUUUUAAAAAAAGAACCCAUAAGCUUAAUUUUUUUUAAAGUGUACAAGUCUGACCUUUUUUACUACUAAAAAGUUGGCCCUUUGUUUUUGUGUUUUUAACAGAACAUUUAAUAAUCUUUAUUUCCUUGGAUAUACAUUGAAUUGCCUAGCCCCGACUUGCAAUUUUGUACUAUACUUCAAUGUUUUGUUAUUCUUUAGAUGAUUUACAUCUGCUAGCCUAUAGUUCUCUUAUUAAAACUGAU